AUGACAAAAACCAGCAGCCCCUGCCAGAGCGACAUGUCGGAAAUGAAGAAACAGCAGUCUUCAACCGAGACUAGACAAACGGCUGAAUCACCUCAAGAGGGCAGCGACACUACCAUUGAUCCUGUGUACCAUGCGCUCGUGACUGCCAAUCGGAUCGCUCAGCAACGAAGACAGAGCACAUCGCAGUUCUUCCAACCGAUUUCGUCUUUUGGCCAGUACCGCACCGCCGAAACCACCCCCUCCAACUCUUCGUCGGAAUUUCUGGGCAGCAGAGAACAUAUACUGCUGAAAAAGAAAAACUCUUUGGUGUCAAGUUCAACUACCUCUUCAUACACGAACUCCACGGGCGCAAAUUCCAGAGGAAGUCCUGCCAAUGACUUGCCCUCUGGCAUAAAGUCGACUCCAAACCUCGUGAGCCAAAAGUCAAUUGACGGUGAAAACAGUGACUACGUGGAACGACCAAGAGGUAAAUUCUGACA